UUAUAACCUAAAAAUUUAAAAGUCAUAACCUAUAUUUCUGAAAGGAAGUUAAAUUAUUGAAUUCUUUUAGAUUUUGUAUUAAAAACAUUACAGCCAUGAGUGUUCCAUUACCAACUGGUAGUGGAUUUGAAAAUGUUGACCCCGAACAAAUUAAAACGUUUAAGGAUUUCCUAAUAUCUUACAACAAAUUAUCAGAACUUUGUUUUAAUGACUGUAUAUCAGAUUUUACCAGUAGAAAUAUAAGAAAUAAGGAAGAUAGGUGUGCACUUAAUUGUUUAGAAAAAUUUUUGAAAGUUAAUCAAAGGAUUUCACAAAGAUUCCAGGAAUUCCAAAUGUUAGCGAAUGAAAAUGCCAUGGCAGCAGCACAAAAACUUGGGCAAAUGACAUGAUAAAAGCACUACAAUGGUAGUUCUUUUUAUAGUAUAUUCCUGUAUCAUCUUGUUUUUUGAUAUAUUAUAAAAGUACUAUUGUUAACAUACAUAUUCAGUUGACAUAUUUCAAGAUGUUGAAAUUUUCAUUUUAUCAUAACAUGUAUGUAAACAUCUUAUUCUUGAAAUGUUCAGUAUUAAGAUUGGGUACCUCAUAUUUGUUAGUUAGAGUGGGAAAAGUAUGUCAUCUGUUUAAAUUAAAAUAUGCAAUUAUAAGGAGUUGAAAUAUAUUUCAUUAUAAUAAUAUUGUACAGGAAUAAAAAAGAGUUGUGUAGUA